UAAGUAUGGGACACAUCACUUAACAUAAACAUUACACAUCAGCUUAAACAUAAAUAGAAAAACUAAACUACCCCUAUACAGUCGGCACUGACAAUUCUCAAUUGAGAUAACAUGGAGUUCGAGGAGAUAACAACCUGGAGAAGGCUUCAAAGAGCUGAGGCAAACACAGUCCUAUUUGAGAGACUUAAAGUGAAAAGGAAGAUCACACUGAAGAUCAGGGAGUUGCAGAAAGCCAUGGUUAUGCUGGUUGGGACUGCUGUGGUCGAAUGGUUCAGAAAUUUCGUGGAAACGGCACUUCAAACAGACAAGAAGCGGAAUGGAAAAGCUCCAAAGAAGGAGGUGAUCGAAGGUACUUUGCUGAAAGAAGAUGGAACAAAAAGGGAAGGUUCUUGGCAUUGGUUGAAUACUUCGGAAGAGGGAAGAAACAGCUAGUAUGAAUUCCCGAAGGAAAAAAUGGAUCAAGUUGGAGUGAGACUAAAAAUUUGUUACAAAUUUUCUUGGAAGAAACAAAGAAAAAGAUGGGGGUGAAGCAGGGAUGUGGAGAAACAAGUGAGCCUUACCCUGAAAAGGAAAAAGAAACUGAAAGUCAUUUCUUGGUGAAUGGUCUGGGUAUUGAUAAAGUGGCUUACAAUACAGAAAAAAGGUAGUUUAGGAAAAGAAAUUGGUGGUUGAAGUUGAAAAGAAACCAGAAAACUGGACGCUUAUAGCAGAAGACUUGGUUAGAAAAUUGAAGGUAAAAGGACCAAUACUGUUUACUCCUUUUGAAGAUCGUAAAUCUCUUCUAGAUUUGUUGGGAGAAGAGCUAGAUGUCAGUGUUUUGAGUCUAAUAUUGAAGACGGGUGGCUACAAUGAUGAGAUGGUCCCCUAGCUCCAACUCUAAAGAUUUUUCAGUGGAGGAUGGUGUAACCAUUCGGAUUGUUGGGCUCCCUUUCCACCUGUGGAAGAGGGUGAUCUUCCAGUCGAUUGCCUCUUUGUGUAAGGCAAAACUUGAAAGUGUUUUUGCUUUAGAUCUUCGUUCAGUGGCUUUGAGAAUGAACGGAGUGAAACCUGAAGAAAUCCCAAGAAAGGUUCAGGUGCUAGCUGAUGAUGUUUUCUACUCAGCAUGGAUCUUGGUCUUCAUUGAAGCAGCUCUGUGGAGGGAAUGCAGGAGAGUGGAAGAUGAAGAGCUUGAAGAUGAAUACCUAUGUGGGUCGCAGAGAUUGGCUGAAUUCAAACUAGCUGAACUUUACUCGGAAAUGGAAAUUUUGGGGUUGCAGAACACAGAAGGUACUAUGAAAGUGGAAAAGUUGAGGCGUGCAAGCAAAGAUAAACCAUUCGACUGUUGCAUGACUUACGCAGAGGUUCUGAUAAGGGGAGAAAAUGCAAAAGAUGAAUGUGAAGGCUCUCGUGUUAGUGUGGUUGGCACGUGUACUGCAACUAAACAGAAACAAGGUGUUUCAGCAAAUGGGCUUUCAAAUGGACCAGGGCCCAACUUAGAGCUAAGAUCUACUGCAACUAACUUUGGGCCUAAGGUGUGUUCGAUUAAUGAAGGGGCUGGGCCUUUGAAGAAUUCAGAACAAGUUAAAUCUGGGCCUAAACCGAAAGAAGGUGUUUCAGUAAAUGGGCUUUCAAUUGGACCAGGGCCCAACUUAGAGCUAAGGUCACAUGCUCCUUUAAGUGACCACAUGAUGAGAGAGGCAAAAAAAAGGAGAUGAUAAAACAGGUCUAUCAUCGUCCCAAGCUCAGCCCUGUUCGAAGGUUCCCACUGUUAAUGCUGCGGAAAAGCUGUCUUGGAGGCCGAGGCUGGUCUCCUACUCCACCAGCCCUGAACGACCAAAUCCAAGGUAUAGCAGAAGCAAAGAGGAAGAGGACGAGUUUGAUUCAGAUUGGGUAAACUGUGAAGGGGAAAAGACUGAUGAGGAAAUUUCUGGAGGUUCCAGUAUAGGCAGCGUCAAAAGUAGGUGUUGCAAAAGUUUAAUGGAGGAAAUGGAAAUGGGAACAAGACUUCUGUUCGAACCUUCUUCACCAGCCCCAACUGGACUUCCUUUCGACUCUCAGAAGAGCUACGGACCAAUAGUUCCUCACCUGGGCGAGGAUAAGACCUCGGUUAAAGAUGGAGCAGAUCCUAUCCUUGUCCAGAGACAAAGCCAAGUUGUUAGUAGAGUGUCUCCCUCAUCUCUGCAAUCAGCAAGCAAAGCUACAGAUCUAUCCCCCUCCCCGGCUUGCGCUUCAAAGCCUGCAGGUGUUUCCAGGUCCUGCCCAACAGCUGCCAUUCCUAGCGACUCGGUGGGAGUAACAGAAGAGAUAGGGGAUGGUGAGGCUGUAGAAGGGUCUAAGGAGGAAGGGGAGCAAAUCUGGGAAUUAAUAGUGAUCCUUUUCGAGCAGUUGGUAGAGGUGGAAAUUCAUUCAGGUUGGGAUCAGAAGAGGGGGCUGAACUUAUUGGGACUACUUCUAAGGAAAAUGAGAGGGAGAUUAAUAAGAGUGGUACUGGAACUAAAAAGGCAAUUAAAAAAUUUAGCAAGGAUCGGAAAAAAAGUACAAGAAGUAACUUAGAUAAAAGCUCCAAACAAGGGGGAGGGGGAGAAUUCUAAAAGAAGAAAAAAAAAGAUGAGUGAAGUUGAAAGACUUAGGUUUCGUAGAUGGCUCUGAUGCAGUCUUUGGUAAAUAUGAAUUCAUGUUGAUGAAAGACCAAGGAUAAGCAGAAAGCCGAAAUGGAGAGUUUCGUUCAGGCAACAAAAUGGAAAAGAAUACUUCAGUUGGAGAAGAAGAAGGUCGUUAUGGAGGAAAUAACAAGCAGAGGGAAGAGCUAUUGAAAAUCAGGGAAGAUCGACGAGCAACUAUCAUAAUGGAAUCAGAAGUAGUGGACUGGCUUAAAGGUUUCGUAGAUGGCCUUCUAUUUGCAGAAAGAAUACAAGGGUGGGGAAAUGAAACGACAAACAAUGGGAAGAGAUUCACAGUA